UCCCACCCCUCACCAGUACAGUACAGUCAUUGAGUCACGUGAGUGUGAUUUAAUAGCUCAUUAUCCUUGAUUGGGUUUUUUUCAUUAAAAGUCCACUACUAUUCAAAAACAAUGUCGUUCGCAUCUCCCGUGCCAAACAGAGACUUUCUCUGGGACGUUUUCUCAAGGGUGGAUAAAGACCGAAGCGGAUACAUCUCGGCCGACGAACUCCAAGUCGCCCUCUCAAAUGGCACCUGGAGCCCCUUCAACCCCGAAACCGUUCGACUGAUGAUCGGCAUGUUCGACAAGCAAAAUCGAGGUACCGUCAACUUUGAAGACUUCGGGGCGCUAUGGAAGUACGUCACCGACUGGCAGGGAUGCUUCCGGUCAUUCGACAGAGAUAAUUCGGGAAAUAUAGACAAGAAUGAGUUGAGUAACGCUCUUACCACUUUCGGGUAUCGCCUUUCACCGGGUGUUGUGGAUAUUUUGAUGCGAAAGUUCGAUAGGCAAGGCCAUGGUACAAUUUUAUUCGACGAUUUCAUUCAGUGCUGUAUCAUUCUCUAUACACUCACUGCUUCAUUCCGCCAGUUUGAUACCGACCAAGAUGGUGUGAUCACGAUUCAUUAUGAACAAUUUUUGAGUAUGGUUUUCAGUUUAAAGAUUUAAGCCUAUCCACUAAUUGCUAUAUUUUUCUAUUUGCUAUAAUGGUGUCACAGUAUUAACACUUUCCGAACAAGUGUAUACUUUUGCAAAUAUUUUCCUAUUUUAAGUAUCUAUAUUAAUUCAAGUUUUAUAUCUUCAUUGUAAAAAAGUAGUGUAUUAAAUUAUUCAUUAUGAACGACUGAUA